UCAGGUACGCUUUUAGCUAGCGUUAGGUGUGUGUCGCAUCUGCUACUGCUAGCUGUGCUGGCUGAUAGCAGGCUUCGUUGAUUAGCUUUAUUGCCCAGUUUUAGUUAAACAGCGCGGAUGGAGACCAAAGAUCUGAAGAACCAGGCGGGAAAACGAGGGAAAGAAACAUAUUAACGUUAGCAUCCUAAGGCUAGCUCCACAUUAGCAUUUCCUCCUGUAUGGUAUGUGGGCGGUGAGAGCUCCGUGAAAAACGGGUUAGUCAUGUUUUCAGUGUCUGUGGGGAUGCGCAGUAAGAACUAAUAAAUGCACUCAAACUGACAUGGUAGGAUUACAGUUUCCUCUUCCUCCAGUUGGAUCCCAGCGUCAGGAUAGGGAAGCAAAGCAAAGCGGCAGCUGCUGGCGGUGCAGCCAGCUCUGGGGACAAAAUGUCCGAAAGUCCGGAGAAGGAUGCCUCGGUGUCGGCUCAGGAGCUGAAGGAGCAGGGAAACCGACUCUUCCUGAGCCGCAAAUACCUGGAGGCUGCAGCCUGCUACAGCAAAGCCAUAAGCCACAGUCCCUCCGUCCCGGCGUACUACACCAACAGAGCGCUGUGCUACGUGAAGCUGCAGCAGUACGACAAAGCUCUGGCAGACUGCAGGCAGGCUCUGGAGCUCGACAGCCAGUCGGUCAAAGCACAUUUCUUCAUGGGUCAGUGUCACCUGGAGAUGGAAAACUACGACGAGGCCAUCGGCAAUCUGCAGAAAGCUUAUAAUCUGGCAAAAGAGCAGCGGCUGAACUUUGGCGACGACAUCCCCAGCGCGCUGCGCAUCGCUAAGAAGAAGCGCUGGAACAGCAUGGAGGAGAGGAGGAUCAACCAGGAGAGCGAGCUGCAGGCCUACCUCACCAAACUCAUCCACGCCGAGAAAAAGAGAGAACUGGAACGCUGCAGACAGAAGCAAGAGGAAAAAUCCGACGACAGCAGAGUCCAACAGCGUCUCAACGAGAUCCACACCAAACACGACAAAUACCUGUCAGACCUGGAGGAGCUGUUCUGUCAGGUCGAUGAAAAGAGGAAGAAGCGUGAGAUCCCAGACUUCCUGUGUGGAAAGAUCAGCUUUGAGUUGAUGAGGGAGCCGUGCAUCACUCCCAGCGGCAUCACCUACGACCGCAAAGACAUCGAGGAGCACCUGCAGAGAGUCGGACAUUUUGACCCGGUGACGCGCACGCCGCUGACCCAAGAUCAGCUCAUCCCAAACCUGGCUAUGAAGGAAGUCAUCGACGCUUUUAUUUUGGAGAACGGAUGGGUGGAGGACUACUGACCCAGUUUGUUCAGUCCGGCUUUAUUUUAAUCAUCCCAGUCACAGCAGCCGUCACUCUGAGAGGUUUUAUUGUGAAAGGUAAAGACCAGCUGCUGCGUGAGGUCAGCUUCUCCUUAUUUCCUGUCCUGUAUGUCCUGUUCCAGUGGUGGAUGUUUGUAUUAAACAUGACGCUCGGUGUGCGCGUGCUAAUCCCCGUGAGCCACAAAGUUUAAACUGCAGAUGUUUUUUUCCUGCACCGCUGAGCUGAGUGGGCUAAAGUCCAGGAGAAAUAAAAGGAAGCUGCUCUCGAGUCCAGUUAAUGAGCAGAGUGGGUCCACUUUAGUGUCCACAGAAACAAACCCACCACUUCUGCUUUAAUCUGAUUACAUAUGGACUGAAAACGAAGCCCUGCACUGAUGGCGUAGCAGUCUGAGAAUCACAUGACCACAAUCACGCCGCCGCACAACAAUCAUAUCAGCUGUAGCGGGAGCCGAGGCCCGGGCUGCGACGCGAGAUGAGAAAAGAGAUCAGCAGGUGUGAAAUCAUCACUCGCCAACCAAUCAGAUCUCUGGAACAAGGUGUGACCGUUCCCGCUUUUGGACUUUUUCCCAGUGCAGGACGUAGGAGAGAGCGCUGAGCCGACACCGCUCUUUAUGACUGACAGGAAAAAUCGGACGCUGCUGAGAUAUGUCAUAAACAUCACAGGUUAAACUCUGGUUUUACUGGUUCACAUCCACGUCGCAGCUCCGGCCUCCGAACGCUUCGGCUGUAAAUAUUAAAUGUUUGAGGAGACAAAACUGGAAAAGUCCUUAAAGAUGGUGUUUGUGAGGCGAACGCUGCGUUCACUGACCCCCGGAGCAAACAUGAGACAUCGCACCAUGCUUGGUAUUCUGUACAACGGCCUGUUUUCACUCGUUUCAUCCUCGAUGUUUUUGCUCUUUUAUCGUUUCUGCUUCAGAUCAAUCAAGUUAAACCUGCGUGGUUGUUUAGUGGGAGCAGAUGUUACAGGGAACGGUUUUCAGGUCCAGGUGAUGUGACGUCUGUACAGGAAAACUCUGAAAGAACAACCUGCAGAUGUUUGAACAUGUUCAGAAGAAAUAAAUGUGAAUAAAUCUUU